GUCCCGUCGUGUCGAUUAUCCCCGGGCAUUGCACUUUUUUUUCUCCCCUGUUUUCUUUCAAAUUAGUGGUCCGUAUGUUUCGGGCCUCACUACGGUCUGUAUCAGACCCCCUCCGCGACCAUGUCUGCUUUUCCUGCUUAGCGCGCCGAUUCGCCGCGCCGACGAAUCUGCGGCGAUUCCACCGCAUACCUGCGCUCCGAAUUCAGUCCAGCGGCGAGAAUGGAGGAAGUAGCGCAGCCGUGUCGGCUGCGCCGGCGGUGCCACAUUGGGAGCAGAAUUCGCCCAGCAAGAUUCCUCAGCCAGCCGAGCAAGCCAAUGAAGCACUUUUCGACGAAUCACUACCGGAUACUGUGCCAUCAGAUGCUGCUCACCUUCAGAGUCAACAGGCUGCGGCGAGGCGAGCGAGGCGUAUAGCAAGACCACAGGACAAGCGCCGAUCAAAGGAAACUGAAAAGUCAGAUCAUGGAGUGACCAAAGGUGGAUCAGACUCUACGAGCAAACGAAAGGCUGCGAUCCAGAAAGUAAACCAAAUUCUCGACGAGAAGACUUCACCAAAGAAGGGACCGAGGGGACCCAAAGGCAAACUCUCCCACGUCGCAAACUUCAUUAACGAGAAGCAUACUGGAGUAGUUUAUUCCGAGGCUGAUGCACUCAAAGGUAAGAUCUUCCAGAGAAUGAGAUGGGGGCUUUGACUGACAUCUGCAAGCCUUGGAUAUCCCUAUGGCCCCUGUGCCUAGCCUUUCAUUCGGCCUCGAUCGAGUCCUGUUCAAUCCUGGUGUCUACCAACUAAGGGAUCCUCGUUCGCGCGUCUACAAUUUCGAUCCCUAUCUUGGCCAGAUCAUGCCUGUCACGGAAUUCGACUUCAACGCCCUGAAGGAAUACAUCACCUCAUCGAAAGAUGACACCCUCCGGAGUCACGCGAUCAAACAAAAGAAGAAGUACAGUGGAUCAUCUUCCAGCAUGACCUCCGUACUUUCCCAAUUCCACUAUCUUCUUUCUGCUUGGAGAGGUAUCGACACUCGCACCUUAUCACAGGGCUUCCCAGACAAGCUUCGGUCCUUUACUCGCCUCCUCCGAUCGCCGGCUGCCAUGUUCUUGCACUACCAGGAUGGGGUGUAUGCUAUCGAUGCGGAUAAGGAAUUCGACUCUGCUAAUAUCCUUAUGAACCUCGGAAAGUCAAUGGAGAAGCUCCUCACGAUGCCCAAGGAGGACUUUGAACGCUACCGACGGUCAAGUGAGAACAAGAUCACGUCUGAGGAAGAGCAGGCCAUUCCCGAAUCGUACCAUUACUCCACUUACGGCGAUUUCAUCAUGCGAUCUCAGCUGGAUGCCUAUGAUCCUCGUCUCCCCGGAACCGGCAUGUUUGACCUGAAGACUCGCGCCGUCGUGUCGAUCCGCAUGGACGCCAAGAACUUUGAACAUGGCCUUGGCUACGAGAUCAAAACCCGGUUCGGCGACUUUGAGUCGUACGAACGCGAGUUCUACGACAUGAUCCGCGCAGCUUUCCUGAAGUACUCUCUCCAGGUCCGCAUUGGCCGUAUGGAUGGUAUCUUCGUCGCAUUCCACAACGUUGAGCGCAUCUUUGGAUUCCAGUACGUUAGUCUGCCUGAGAUGGAUCAGACUCUGCACGGAACCUCGGACACCGCGCUGGGUGACAAGGAAUUUGAGCUCAGCCUGGGGCUGUGGAAUGAAAUUCUAAACAAGGCAACGGAGAAGUACCCGGAGCAGUCUCUUCGGUUCCACUUUGAGACUCGUGAUGCCGUGACCCCAUUCAUGUACAUUUUUGUCGAGCCCGUCACGAAGGAGGAGAUUCACGCCAUUCAAAACUCCAAGAAGGCCGAGAUUGAUGCCUACCAGCAGCGCCUACUGAACCUCAAGCCUAGCGAGGAUGACAGCGAUCUUGAUGCCCCUCAAGUCGAAGAGACGGCAGAAACCUCUGCUACCGAGGCCGAGGAGGAGGAAUCUGUACCCAAGGGCGAGCUUCUUGCUAUGGCUUUGACAAUUCGGAACAAGGUCAACGGCGAGUAUGUCGAGCGGCCGACGGAAGGUUUCAAUGCCCAAGACAAGUGGCAGGUUGAAUACGAGCUAAGUGAGUUGUCGCCCGCACAGGGCCACGUCAUCUACAAGAUGUGCAAGACUCGUCGGAUGAGGGGACUCGAAGGCCGAGGCGAAGACGAACUCGAGGUUGCAAGCAAUGUGUAUAUCCGCCGACUGCGGCAAAUCAGCAAAGAAGGACGCAAGCACCGCGAGCGUGAGAACCAGCUCGAUAAGGAGCUUGGUAUCGUUGUCUUGGAAGACUGUGUUAAGGAUGGAGCGAAAUAAGACUGUCUCUCAUUUCCGAGUGACAGGCUUUGUUUCCUUUUUUCGAGAUGGAUUCACCCUUGUUUGAACCCUUGGAUGUUUCCCUUUCCUGUAUAUUACUAGAUGUGAUUCCCCGUUCUGUAUUUUUGGCCUGGGGUUCUUUUAACUUUGCACUGGAUGGCGAAGAAUGUUUAUCCAACAAUACAUACAUGGCGUAUUCUGGCUUCUAAGUGGUUAUCUACCUUUG